GACUCCAAACUCCCUUACCAGCUGUUUGAUAGCUGUCCUAACAAUCUCCCCAUGUGAUGCCUUCUUAAUAAUAAUAACUCUCCACCACAACACCCCCUUCUUUAAUUUGUCAAUUUAUCAUUGCAGACAUAAUUUAAUUUCUUUGCUACUUAAUGAGACAAAUAUUCAAACUUAUAGAGAUUGAUAGCUCAUGACACAAUGUCUACACGAUAAACAAUUGAUGAACAUCCCUUCAUGUCCUUUGUAUGUUCUAUUCUAGACCAUUAUCGUUUUCUUCACUUCAUUUUCUAAAAAUUAAAAACCCUUCAAAUUAGUUUGAGUUUUUUUGUUCGAAUCAGAUAAUCCUUCCUUCAGGCAAGCAACCAAAUUCGACAUAUCUAGUUCCAUUCUGAUCAACAACUUGGAGGUGAUCAAGAGAUCUUUAACUCCUCGAAAAAAUGGCACACUUACCGCCAAGAGCACCUAACAUGACACCAAAUUGGCCUGAUUUUUCGCUUCAUCAAAAAAUGGAAAACUUAGCUCCGUCUGCUCACAAUUUAUGGGCGGACGAAUUCCUCGACGUGUCGUCGAGGCGUGGGUCCCACCGAAGAUCAAUGAGCGACUCCAUUGCUUUCUUGGAGUCGCCCAUGGUUGAAGAAUGUCGGAGGCUAUCCAGUACUAAUCCGGGGUCCGGUGGGACCACUCACGGUCACGAGGAAUUCGAGAGGUUCGACGACGAGCAACAAAUCAUGUCCAUGUUCAACGACGACGUUCACGACAUGUCGUGUUCGAACCAGUCGUCACCGUCCGAUUACAUCAACGUUAACGAAGAUAAAAAGAUGAACGGUCCUGAUCAGAUGAUGCAGCAACUUAAGAGUAAUCAAAAUGAGGAAGUUGAAAGCUCAUGCAAGACUAAUGAGGAAUUAGCAACAGCUAAUCAAAAUGCAAACACUAAUAAUGAAUAUUCUUCUGAAAGGGUCGUUGAUCCCAAGAGAAUUAAAAGGAUAUUGGCAAAUAGACAAUCAGCUCAAAGGUCACGGGUGAGGAAACUACAGUACGUAUCGGAGCUCGAACGUAGUGUUAGCACUCUUCAAGCUGAAGUUUCUGUAUUGUCACCAAGAGUUGCAUUCUUGGACCACCAACGUUUGUUGCUAAAUGUUGACAAUAGUGCCCUCAGGCAAAAAAUUGCAGCUCUUGCCCAAGAUAAAUUGUUUAAAGAUGUUCAUCAAGAAGCAUUGAAAGUGGAAAUAGAGAGGUUGAGGCAAAUUUAUUACCAACAGAACCUGAAGCAGCAGAUGGACAACAAUGCUACACCACUUGCCGAUUCCACUACUGCUCAUCCUGAGAUCAAAGAAAACUAGACUAUCUGAUGGCACUUAGCAAAUUCAUGUGAGAAAAUCUCCUUUAUUGGGGUAUCUGACAGGAUAAGAUCACUGCAUUGAUCUCUCACAUUUUCUGGGACCAUAAAAAUCUUAUUUUACUAUUUAGUCAUUGGUAUUUUUUUUUAUAAAUGUUUUAUUUAUUUUAAUUCCU